AUGUCUUGCAGGUGGAAACAAGAUGGUACUGAAGAGGGGAGAGAUGGUCCAUGUCCACAAGAGCACUGUACUGUCAUCUGGUAUCAUGAUGAGUCAACCUUCUAUGCAAACAAUCGACAGCAUGUCCACUGGGUUCACACCGGUGAGAAUGCUGUCCCACAAUCAAAAGGAGAGGGUACCUCACUGAUAGUGGCCGAUUUCAUCUCUGCUGACUAUGGUUGGCUGUGGUCGCUUGAUGGAGCAGUAGAGGCACAAGUCUAUUUCAAGACAGGGAAGGCGCACAAUGGAUAUUUCACAAAUAGUGAUAUCUUGGAGCACACAACAAAGGGGAUGAACAUUCUUGAGGAUCACUUUCCCUAUGACAAACAUAUCCUGAUUUUUAACAAUGCAACAACUCACCUAAAGUGGCCUGAUAAUGCUCUAUCAGCCUGA